AAGGAGAGGCGGCCCACGCACAGAGAGAGGCCGCGGGGCGCGGGGCCAAGAGUUGAUCAGCGAACGGGCACGAGCACCGCACGCGCCUCACGGUCACGGCCGUCACGCCGAACCGAACAACUCGCCAUGGCCACCCGCCGCCGCGCCGCGGCGCCGCCGCAGCCGCCGGCGUGGACCCCGGAGCCGUGGAGCGACGGCGAGACGUCCGCGCUGCUCGACGCGUGGGGCCCGCGGCACAUCCGCGCGGCCGGGGGCCCCCUCCGCACCGCCGACUGGCGCGCCUGCGCGGCCGCCGUCACCGCCCGCCGCGCCGCCGCCGGGCGCGCGCCGCGCACCGUCGACCAGUGCAAGAAUCGCUUGGAUUACCUCAAGAAGCGCCUCAAGGCCGAGCGCUCCAGGUCCAAGGGGGCCCCGGCCCCGCCGCCGCCGCCGCCCUCGGUCGAUCGCCUCCGCGCGCUCCUCCGCCUCGCCCCCUCCGUUCCCCCCGGAUUCACUUCCCGCGGCGGCGCCAUGCCAAAGGUGGGAGAGGAGGAGCAGGAGGAGGAAGAGGAGAAGGCGGAGUCCUUCGCGGCUCCUCUGCCCCGUUCCUGGCCGUCGGUGCCGAAGCGGCCGAGGACGGCGGUGGCGUUGCUACCGUUGAGCUCCUCCUCGGGGCAUCAGCACGGGGACGGAGGAGGGACGCCGUGCACGGAGGUGGCGGCGGCGCUGGAUAGGCUCGCCGGAACAUACGAGCGGGUGGAGGUGGCGAAGCAGAAGGAGGCGACGCGGCUGGAGGAGCGGCGCCUGGAGGCCAUGCGCGAUCUCGAGAUCGAGCGCAUGCGGAUUCUCGUCGAUGUCGCCAUCUCCGCCUCCGCCGUCGCCGACACUGCCACGGCGGCGUCCUCUAGUUGAGGAACUAGGACAGUAGACUGGCCAUGGUAGCCAUCCAGAUUCCAGUCUACUUUUUUCAAGGGACAAUUGCAGUGUGGAGAAGGCAAUUGACGUGAUGCUCCGGCCAAAAGUUACAUCGGUUUAGAUUACAGGGAAAGGUUAGCCAGAUAUAGGACAGUACAUGAUGAGAUUUUCUUCUUAUUAGUUCACUGAUAGCAGGUUAGCAGCAAUGCAAGAUGAGAGACUUGAUUGCCUCAACUGAACAUAUCAUCUGUUUUGGAGUCAGUAAAUGGUUAUUAUUGCUGUAAUCCCCUCUUGUUUCCAGCUGCCUGGCUAUUCAGUUCAGUUGCGAAACAUUCUCAGUACAUAUGAUAUUCUGGAUACUUUCAUAGAGAUUCUAAUCCUUAUGUUCAUUCAAUCAUUCUGCGGUAUAUAUGAUUGGUUAGUUCUUCAAA